AUUCAUGACAGUCUCGUUAGAACUGUCGCGCUCGUAUUCACAGAGAAAUUAAUGUUAUGUGCAACGUGUAAAGAAGAAUUAAUUGAUUACAUUACCCAUGAAAUUAAGCAGUAGUUCAUUGUUGCUCGUUCUUUCGCGUGGUCAAGAAUACAUUCGAUUAAAAUAUGGCGACAAAACAUGUUUAUGUACAUAUGGCCCUUGCAUUCGGUGUACAUUUGAAUCGCAAAAAGAUCAAUUAUUUCGCUGAAAUGCGUGGGAUCGUGAUUUAAAUAGCUCUAAUAAUUCUUAAGAACUGAAUGUAAAGUCGAUGAGACGUAUUUUCACGACAUGGAGGAAUCUAUAAAGUUUGAUAUUAAGGAGGUUAAGACUGACCUUUUACGCGCGAUAGGCGAAUGUUCUCAACGAGGAUUAUUGCACACCGCAAAAUGGUUAGCGGAACUGAAUUAUUCUUUGAAAGACGUUAAACUAAACGCCCACGAUAUCACCGCCGACUUGUACUUAGGAGAUGUAAGUGAAGAGGAGGACACAUACAUUCUGGCAAAAUGUUACUUUGACUCGAAGGAAUAUGAUAGAGCAGCGUAUUUCACAGAGAAUUGUAAGACACCAAAAGUUAGGUUCCUGCACAUAUAUUCUCGUUAUUUGUCAGGGGAAACAAAGAAAAUACAUGAAACACCGGUGGUGCCUCCAGACCCUGUAAAAAACGAUAGUUUGAAAUUAUUAUGUUCUGAUUUGAGGAGGGAUCAUAUAGCAAAUAAGUUAGAUGGGUUUGGCCUAUAUCUUUUUGGUGUUACAUUAAAAAAAUUACAUCUAGCAAGAGAAGCUAUGGAUGUGUUGGUUGAAGCAACACAUAAGCAACCAAUGCAUUGGGGAUCUUGGCUAGAAUUAGCUUCAUUAAUAACAGACAGGGAGAAACUUGAGAACUUAUGUUUACCCAAUCAUUGGAUAAAGCACUUUUUUAUGGCUCAUAUGUAUUUAGAACUACAAUUAAUUGAUGAAGGUUUAGCACUAUAUCGUGAACUACAGUCAGUGGGAUUUGAGAAAAAUGGUUAUGUCCGUGCUCAAUCAGCAAUUGCAGUUCAUUACAGAAGAGAUGUCGAUAAUGCUAUAGAAACAUUUGAAAGAAUAAUAAAGGAGGAUCCUUAUUGUUUAGAUAAUAUGGAUACAUACUCUAAUCUACUGUAUGUAAGAGAAAUGAGAGUUGAGCUUGCAAACUUGGCUCAUAGAGCAACAGAGAUAGACAAAUAUAGAUUAGAAACAUGUUGUAUAGUAGGAAAUUACUACAGUUUAAGAGGGGAUCAUCAGAAGGCAGUCCUAUAUUUCCAUAGAGCACUGAAAAUGAAUCCUCAGUACCUCUCUGCUUGGACAUUACUUGGUCAUGAAUUUAUGGAGAUGAAGAACACCAAUGGUGCUAUUCAUAGCUACCGACAAGCUAUUGAAGUAAAUAGGAGAGAUUAUAGAGCAUGGUAUGGAUUGGGUCAAACGUACGAAAUAUUAAAAAUGUCAUUUUAUGCGAUUUAUUAUUAUAAACAAGCCCAACUUUUGAGACCACAUGACAGUAGAAUGGUACUAGCUUUAGGAGAAGCGUACGAAAAGCAAGAUAAAAUACAAGACGCACUCAAAUGUUACUAUAAAGCAUGUAAUGUUGGUGACAUUGAAGGAAUGGCGUUAUUAAAGCUGGCUACAUUGUAUGAAAAAUUGGGUGAACACUAUAGCGCAGCAGCAGCUUACACCGAGUUCGUAAUGGACGAGACGAGAAAUGCGGAUAGAGCAGACUUAAGUCACGCGUACAAAUAUUUGACACAGUAUCAUUUGAAACGUGACCAAUUAGAUCAAGCCAACCAUUACGCUCGAAAAUGUUUACAAUUCGAUGAAACGAAAGAGGAAGCUAGGACAUUGCUGAGAACGAUAGCUCAAAAGAGGGUAAAAGUGGAAGAAACUUCGAUGGUGAUAGAAGAUAUGAACGAAACGGAUCCUGUUAUAGAACAAGGAGAACGAACGGAUGCAACUCCCGGAAAUCAAUUAUCACCGAUGAAUUUAUCAUUUAUGCCUACACCAUGAACUAUGGUCGAAAAUUCUGUCAGUUGUCGGAGCUUUCUAUCUUGUAUAUAUUUCUAAUAAAUAUUUCAAAUCGGUGGAGAGAAAGA